AUGUCUGCCCCAAACCCAAAAGCUUUCCCAUUAGCCGAUGCUGCUUUAACCCAACAAAUCUUGGAUGUUGUUCAACAAGCUGCCAACUUGAGACAAUUGAAGAAGGGUGCUAAUGAAGCCACCAAGACUUUGAAUCGUGGUAUUUCUGAAUUCAUCAUCAUGGCUGCUGACUGUGAACCAAUUGAAAUUCUAUUGCAUUUGCCAUUAUUAUGUGAAGAUAAGAACGUUCCAUACGUCUUUGUUCCAUCUAGAGUUGCUUUAGGUAGAGCUUGUGGUGUUUCGAGACCAGUCAUUGCUGCUUCUAUCACUACCAAUGACGCUUCUGCCAUCAAGAACCAAAUCUACGCCGUCAAGGACAAGAUUGAAACUUUGUUGAUUUAA